AUGUCGCGCUCUAUACGCCCCGAAGAUGACAGCGAAAAAUCUCCACCUGACAAAGACGCCACUGAAAGCAAGCCUAAGGAUACCGGCGAUAUAAUAUAUCCCACUGGUCUCAAGCUUGCACUGCUUAUAACAUCCCUUUUCGUUAGCAUGUUCCUCGUUACGCUGGAUCGACUUAUCAUAUCGACGGCUAUUCCGCAAAUUACGGACCAAUUCAAAUCAGCUGGGGAUAUUGGUUGGUACGGCACAGCUUAUUUGCUCACGAAUUGUUCCUUUCAGCUCGUGUUUGGGAAGCUCUACACUGUUUUCAAUAUCAAAGCGACAUUGUUGGCAUCUAUUAUCUUCUUCGAAAUAGGGUCAGCACUAUGUGGUGCAGCCCCAAGCUCGAUUGCUUUUAUCAUUGGUAGGGCCAUCGCCGGUUUGGGGGCAGGAGGUAUUAUGUCUGGGAUCAUGGUCGUCAUUGUUUACGCCCUUCCAUUGCACGAAAGACCCAAGUAUCAGGGGUUCUUUGGUGCCGUUUUUGCGUGUGCGUCUGUUGGAGGACCCCUGAUAGGUGGUGCAUUCACCACAAACGUCACUUGGAGGUGGUGUUUUUAUAUCAAUCUUCCACUAGGAGGUGCUGUGAUGAUUCUGGUUUUUUGCGUCCUUAAUAUUCCUGAUCGACCCAGUACCAAUAUACCAUUCAUGAAAAAGCUUCGCCAACUUAACGUCCUUGGCCUACUUGCUCUUUUCCCGGGCAUUAUCUGCCUAUGUCUAGCCCUACAAUGGGGUGGUACCACAUAUUCUUGGAACGAAGGACGUAUCAUCGCCUUGCUCGUUCUCGCCUUUGCUCUGUUGAUAAUAUUUACCUUGAUACAAAUAUGGAAACCGGACCAAGCCAUAAUGCCUCCGCGUAUCUUCAUGCAGCGUAGCAUUACUGCUGGCUUCUGGGUAAGUCUUUGUCUGGGUGCACAUAUGAAUUUAAUGGUGUACUAUCUUCCCCUCUGGUUCCAGGUCAUUGACGGAGUCUCGGCGGUUAAUAGCGGUAUCCGCCUUCUUCCUAUGAUGAUACCGGUUGUCAUUGCAUCUAUUUUGACUGGCCUUCUUGUCUCUCGCAUUGGAUACUAUACCCCAUUUAUGAUUUUUGGCGUUGUUCUUUCCUCCAUCGGUGCAGGCUUACUCACGACUUUACAAAUUAACACAUCCAAUGGUAACUGGAUCGGGUAUCAAAUACUAUACGGCUCUGGCCUUGGUUUAAGCAGCCAGGCACCUAACAUGGCUGCGCAGACAGUGCUGAAGCGCGAGGACGUGGCUAUAGGUGCAUCACUUAUGUUCUUUGGUCAACUACUCUUUGGGGCUGUAUUCACAUCAGUGGGUCAGAAUGUUCUCGAUAACCAGUUGUCUAAACGGCUUUCCGGGAUUGCAGGAAUUACUCCUCAAAUGAUCCAAAGUACAGGCGCUACGGAGAUUCUUCGGCUCAUUCCUUCUGAUCAAUAUGAAUCUGCGCUGGUAGCCUAUAAUAGCUCGCUUCGUGUGUGCUUUCAGGUUGGUCUCAUUAUGGCCUGUCUCUCUGUUUUAGGUGCCGUGGCUAUGGAAUGGCGCAGUGUGAAGAAAAACCGCCCGCAGAAGAGAACAGAUAUUCAGCAGGUUGCCGAGAAAGGCCUUUCCACAGAAGAGCAAAAAAUUGAGAAAUCAAAUGACAACAAUGAAGGCGAAACCGAAGUGAUGCGCACUUUGUCUAAGAUGUGA